AUGGAAACGGUUAUAAAAUACAUAGAAGUGUCAACGUCGUGUAAUUAUAAGCUCAUUAUAUUCCUCUGUUUGCUUAGGUAAGUAGGAAAAGAAAAAAGGAAGAAAAUCAUACGCCGAUUACAACAUAAUUAUAAAAAUAUAUGAUAAUGGAAAUAUAUGAUACAUGGAAAUUAAAGGCUUUUUUUGGACGGAAAAACUGAUAGUCAUGAUCGAAAUCUGAUAUCGACUUUGUAUUGUUAUCGGCUAAUCGCUGAUAAACCAAUAUACGUCAUCAACACUGCCAGUAUGCGUCAAAUUAUUCAAGCGGGUAAAAGAAUGAUUUCUAAUAAAGUAUGAUUUGAACGUAGAUUCUCUGCCUAUGGGUUCAAGUAUCAUUUGGAGUCGCCAAUUAGCACGUCGCAGCGUCGCGAGGACGACAGAAUCACAUAUAUUAACAAGGGACAAUUCUACGGAAUCACGCUGGAUUACGUCCCUGAUCCGGACAAGCCAACACUAAAGGCUGGACAGACUGUUAAGAGCGUGGUAAUGUUGAUGUUCCGAGAAGAGAAGAGCCCAGAAGACGAGAUUAAGGCGUGGCAGUUCUGGCACGGAAGGCAACAUUCUGUCAAGCAACGUAUUCUCGAUGCUGACACGAAGAACAGCGUGGGAUUGGUUGGCUGCAUAGAGGAAGUUGCACACAAUGCGAUCGCCGUUUAUUGGAACCCACUCGAAUCCUCGGCUAAGGUACGAGAGAAUCCUUCAUCGUUCAUUAAAGAGAUUCCAUUUGCAUUUAACGAUCUAUGGGAGACUUAA